CUCGAACCCAUGUCGCAUCAAUGUUCCACUUGCAACAAGUCCUACUCUACAUCGAGUCACCUAGCUCGACACAAUAUUACCCAUCAGCCCGACCGUCAAUUCCAGUGCCCUUUUUGCUCAAAGCGCCAUACCCGACAGGAUAUUGCGCGCCGUCAUGCUGAGAGAUGCUCGAAACGUCAAGGACGACCCGUGACAAAAUCUUCUGGCCGUGGCCAACCUCGAAAAGCUUGUGAUAGAUGCGCAAGCACAAAAUUAUCAUGCGACAAAACCAGUCCAUGUACUGCGUGCGUGAAGGCUAGUUUUCAAUGCUCACACACCCGCCUACAAACGUGUCUGACCGCCACAAAUGCAUCUGGCUAUCCUUUGGGCGUUCCGGAAGUGUCGAAUGAGAAGUCUAUGGGUGAAACUACGCGAGUUCCAUUCUUCCUGAGUUAUGCUACUGCUCAACCUGGCGACCCGAAAGACUUCGCACAGGCGCUUGAGACCCUGAAGGAAGCCAGCAACGGGACUACAGCGGAUGAAGAACUUGAUCGAAAUCAAGUGUUCUCCCAAGCGAUUCCGAUGUUUGUGCCAUUUUUUCCGGCAGAAUUAUUUCAUUAUGAUGUCCCACAUGAAUCCUACUCAUCAGAUAUCAUAACACAAGGUCUACACACCCCAGACCUGUACGAUGAAAUCUUCCGGCGUCGGGCAGGGGAGUUGAUUCACCUUGUCGAAAACGCGGGUAGAACAGCGAGCCGUCCCCCCUCAGAUACAGUUGCGAUGCUACUGACCCCCGGUAACCUGGCACUUUGCGUAGAAAGCUUCUUCCGCAACGCAUACAGACAUGUUCCGAUAGUUCAUCCCCCGUCGUUCAGUUCCACCAGUGCAGAGUUGCCACUUUUGCUUGGGGUGUUUGUCGUCGGCGCAGUUUGGUCAUAUCCGCGGGACACCUAUUUCAUGGUGCUUGACAUCGUCGAGUUGAUCGAAGAAUGUAUCUUCGGCGGAAACGAUUUCCAGGAGCUACUAGAUCCAAUCCCGGAAGGCUCUAGGACAACCUCGCCACGCAUGUUAUCUCUUCUACAAGCUGCUACGAUGUUAGUGUCAAUUAGUUUUGCCUUCCCUAAUCUUGUUCACCGGCGGCGUUUUCGCGAACAGAGAUUCUCCGACCUAAUUUCAGCCAUACGCCUGCUUCAAGGUGACGGCACAAUUAGUAGAUUGACCAAACUGACUGAGGCUGCGACCUCUUUCGACUGGAAGGAGUAUAUUGUGAAGGAGUCUUACAAUCGAGUCAUUUAUUACACAUACCUACUGGAUUGCCACAUCUCAAUCUUGCACGCAACACUGCCACGGUUAUCGGUCGUGGAGAUGAAGGCUUCUUUGCCGUCAAACGAGUCCGCAUUUGGGUCAACGGAUGCUGAGACGUGUCUAGACAAGUUGAAAAGCCUGAGCUGAACUCCAUCCCAGAGUCUUCUAGACGUCAUCCAAUGUUUGACGGGGUCCGAUUCUGAAAGUCGAGACCUAUCAAUGUUAACGGCGUUUCCGUUGUUCUUGAUCGUAGGAACAAUUUUAACCAUGAUCUACACAUCCAAGGUGCAGUUAAUUGGAACAUCUGAGACCAUGCGCUUUGAGCGCGCACUUGAUCGCUGGAAAGAAACAUGGGUCCUCUCACAGCAGGCUGAUGCGUCUCCAAAACAGAACGGAUUCAUGAUCCACGCCGAGGAAGUAUGGC